AAGGCGGUCAUACCUGUAAACAUUGUGGACGAAUGUAUACAUAUGUGAAUUAUCUGGAAUCUCACUUGAAAAGAUGUCCAAUGUUGGUAUCUUACGAAUCCUGGGAGUGUUCUCGUUGCGGGAGAAAAUACAGCAAUAACGAUUACCUUGGUGUGCACCAAAAGGAUUGCGGGAAUGCUGAAAGUUCAAAACGUCGCACGAACAUCAGCGUUAAAGUGAAAGAAUGUCAACAUUGUGGUAAGAUAUUUACGAAACAUGUGGAUUUGAGAAGACACGAACGAAUACAUACAGGAGAACGUCCAUAUCAAUGUCAACACUGUG